AUGAUAUCUCAUCCUCGCAGUGUAUUCUCUAACGUGAUUAUCAUCGCGUUGGCGCUAUGCCUCGUCCCAGCGGCAUGCUCAAUAUCUAGUCCGACCACCUCAGCCCGGGCAUCAAGUGCGGCCCCAUUGAACACGACGAUAACCUUGGACUACGGGACUUUCAUUGGAUCGAGGAACACCACCAGCGGCAUACUCUCAUUCGAAGGUGUUCGUUAUGCCGAUGCGCCUACUGGAGAUACUCGUUUCCGUGCCCCCGUCUCGCCUCCAACUACACAUCUUGGGACUGUCAAUGCUACCAAGUUUGCAGACAUAUGCAUCCAAGCAACUUCAAGCAAUGUUACAGGAGAUGCGUCGGAAGAUUGUCUCUUUGGAAACAUUUAUGUCCCUGUUGGAACCACCCCUGAUUCAAAACUGCCUGUUCUCGUCUUUUUCCACGGUGGAGGUUUCCAAGGAGGAAGUACGAAAUCUUACCUCCCGGACUUGCUGCUCGAUACUUCAGCGGAACCCGUCAUUUUUGCUACCUUCGCUUAUCGACUAGGCGCAUUCGGAUUUCUCAGUGGCUCGGAGGUCUUCGCGAACGGUGAUGGGAACGCAGGAUUGCUGGACCAGCGUGCUGCUCUUCGCUGGGUCCAAACCUAUGUCUCUGCGUUUGGUGGAAACAGCGCGAACGUGACAAUAUGGGGACAAUCCGCUGGUGCUGGAUCCACGAUGUUCCAACUGAUGGCCAAUGGGGGGGACAACGAGGGGCUCUUCGCUCGAGUAAUGGGGGAUUCGCCUAGCCUUAAUUUUCUUCCUCCGUAUAACGACGGAGCUGUGGAGACCUUGUACCAGCAAUUCACUAUCAAUGCUGGAUGUGGCGACGCGAAUGAUACCCUCGCGUGCUUGCGAGCGGCCGAUGUCAACACCUUGGCGAAUGCGAGCAGUGUUACGCUCGCGGCCCGUCCCACUUCUCUCUACCCAUUCGCUCCAAUCGUAGACGGAAAAUUUCUCCUCGAGAGGCCAAGUGUGGCGUUCGCAAAUGGUCGAUUUGCCAAAGUCCCAGUCUCUUUCGGUUCCAAUACCAACGAGGGAAACAACUGGUCCCAAGACCUCCCUUCGCCGUCUGCUAACGUCUCAGAGCCAGGAGCCACGAACCAAACCCUUUUCACGUUCUUCGCUGGCCAGUUCCCUAACGUAACACAAGAGACAUUCCACCAGAUUGAAGGACAGUACCCUAUCGAGAGUUAUAACAACUCUUUAAUACGCCAAACCUCUGCCAUCUAUGGAGAGGCGAGAUACAUCUGCACCGCGAUGAUGAUCACGGGCUCUGCAACAAACUACAGCAUCACGGCACAUGGGUAUCACUACGACAAUCCUGACGCUGAGGGCUUCAGCGUACACAGUUCUGAGCUCCCUGCCUUCUUCACUUUCGCAGACUCUUCUCUGCCGCUCUUCACAGCUAUGAGGCAGUACUUCACCUCAUUCGCCACCGGCGGGGCUCCAGUUGCUACUCUUGAUGAUCCCAGCAAUAAUGCUACUUGGGAGCCGGUCAAUACGACGACGGGAAUGUCUAGGAUCUUGUUCCACCCUGAUGCAGUCGCUAUGGAGACCGAUGAUGCCUUGGUCUCGAGGUGUCAGUUUUGGAGGACAACGGAUGAUGAAUUGCAGCGUUAA